AUGAGUAUAAAAAAUGGGAGUGGACGUUCAAGAUGGUCAACAGCAAUUUAUGGAACUAGACUUAACGAGUUAGAUACAACCAGAAGAAUCUUAAAGUCAAAAGUAACAAGCAGUCUGGUUACAAGAAACAUUAUUGCAAAUACUUAUGGAUCAAAAGCUAGUACAACAGCAGGCACAAGUAAUUUGAACAAAGAAACAAAAACCAUAGAGACAAAUACAAAUAACAUGGAGUUAUUAUCAGUGGAAGAGAAUUUAUUAUUAAACCAAGAUAGUAUAGGUGAAGAAAAUACAGAUAAUAACAUGAAGGCAAUUGAUAAUAUAAAAAAAGAUGAAAAAGGUAAAGGAAAAGAAAUUAUCAUUGAAACAGAAAAAGAAAAUAAUAAAACAAGUGAGCAAAAUAUUACAAACACAGAAACAGAUGAUAAUGAAUCAGUAAACUCAGAAGAUAGUUUUUUAAGUGAACAUGAGGAAUAG